UUGGGCGGGAAAAUGCCCACAGUCAUUUAGGGUUCUUGAGGGGUUUUCUUCCAUGGCGGCUCUCCAGCCCGUGGGGAUGAACAGUGCGCCCUUCAUCAGAUCUAGCAGUGGACGUGCUCAGGUUUUCGCCGUGGCGGCCGUCGGCACUCCAGUGGUGACUGGAAAGGGAGUCAGCGCCAAGUUUGCCCAGCUUCGCGAAUUGAAGAAGAUUGCUUUGAUCCCGUAUAUCACUGCUGGCGAUCCCAACUUGGAGACCACGGCUGAUGCUUUGAAGCUUCUGGAUGCUCGAGGCGCGGAUAUUAUUGAGCUGGGCGUUCCUUACUCGGAUCCUUUAGCCGAUGGACCAGUGAUUCAAGCUGCUGCCACAAAGGCUCUCAGGAAUGGUACGACGCUGGAAAACGUUCUUAGUAUGGUUCAUGAGGUAGCACCAACUUUGUCUGCGCCGCUGGUGCUCUUCACUUAUUUCAAUCCAAUCCUCAAGCGCGGGAUUGACAACUUUGUGGCCUCAAUCAAAGAGGCUGGUGUUUCUGGCUUGGUUGUCCCCGAUGUACCUUUGGAAGAAACUCAAGCUCUGAGAGAGAAGACAGCGGCACAAGAUAUUGAGCUUGUGCUGCUAACCACGCCGACCACACCGAGGGAAAGAAUGGAAGAAAUAGCCAAAUCAUCACAGGGUUUUGUGUAUCUUGUGAGCUUGACCGGUGUGACAGGGGCAAGGGCUUCUCUCAGUAUCCGAGUCGAGGAGCUUCUUAAAGACCUCAAGCAGGUGACGACGAAGCCGAUAGCUGUUGGAUUUGGUGUUUCGACGCCCGAACAAGCAGCUCAAAUUGCUAAGUGGGGAGCGGACGGUGUAAUUGUUGGUAGCGCAGCUGUGAAGCUCUUGGGUGAAAGUAGCUCCCCGAAGGAAGGGCUUGCAAAACUGGGUGCGUUCAUAUCUGAGAUGCGGAGUGUGUUGUGAAACUGCUCCCAGUGGAUCAAUCUUAUCGCCAAGGGAAUUGUUGAGCGUUGGAAAACAGCAUGACUUUGUUCCAGUCUCUACUGGUAUUGCGAUGCCGCGCUUAUCUGAGAAAAGUAUAAAGCCCCGAAUGAGAGGUGAA